AUGAUGGACGACUUCGCAAGGCAAUAUGACUCCUCAGAUAAUAGUUUGGCGAGGAAGAUGAGACUUGCUGAAACUCUGUUCAACCUGUGGUUGUACCAGUUCAGUAUGAUUCAUCCGAGGAUGACGAGCAUGAAGAUGAUUGUGAAGAAGAUGAUGAACAACCUUGGGAUGAAGUCGCUAUUCCCUAUGACCGAUUCGUUUUCACUGGAGAAAUUGGACCAGAUAACUCUGUUCAGAAUUGUACGAGGCCUAUCGUUGCUACCAGCUCUUCCUAACAAAUGAAUUGUUAGAUCCCAUGGAACGAAUAGAUAUGCAAAAGAGAAAAUAAUGUUUAGGAAUAAAGACUGGAGCGAUACAUCUGUCGAGGAAGUGAAACGAUUUUUGGGCAUCUGUCUCUACGUGGGAAUUGUCAAGCUGCCGAGCAUGAGUGAUUACUGGUCUACGAAGCUUCCGGAUGUUCUGUGGCGACUAAAGUCAUGGCUAGAAAUCGUUUUGAAGCCCUGCCAAUGCUUACACUUCGUAGACAACGAGAAUGCCGACAAGGAAAGUAGACUCUAUAAAAUUCAACCGGUUUUGGACUUACUCAACACUUCCUUCCAACGAAUGCACAAACCAGAAAAGGAAAUUUGCAUUGAUAUAACAAUGGUACCAUUCAAAGGGCGGAUCGUAUUCAAGCAGUUCAACGAAUAAGAGCCACAAGUGCGGUGUCAAACUAUUCAAGCUCUGCUGCAAAGAUGCAUACACAUUGAAUGUGAAGGUUUAUGCAGGCAGGGACUCCACAAGGACAGGAAGUGUAGCUGACGCAGUGGUUAUGGAGGUCAUGGAAGGUUAUUUGGACCAAGGAAGAGAUCUGUGCACUAAUAACUGGUAUAUAAGCCUGUCAUUCAAACUCUUUGCUUACGCAGAAAACCAAUCUUAUCGGAACUAUCAGAAAAUGCCGCAAAGGAAUUCCGCUCGCUGUGAAGAACAGGCCCUUAAAAAGGUGAAAUCUAUCUCCAACAAGAUAAUCGAGGAAUUCUGCUUCUGAAUUGGAAAGACAAAAGGGAAAUCUACAUGCCCUCAACAAGACACGAUGGAUCUUGCGGUGUCAACAUGGCUCCUUACACUCCGUUUGUCUAUAAUCAGAACAGUAAGAUGACGUUUAACGACUCCAAAAUUGCAGUUGCCGAGAUCCUGAUGGACCUUGAUGGAAAAAACAGCACAGGUCAUGGAAAAAAACGCAAGUUAAUCGAUAUACCAGAGGCAGACUCCAAUGGACGCCGGAAGUGUAAAAGUUGUUACAGUAAAAUGGUAAACGAUACAGUCGUCAAUAUGUUAGAGUACAUGCUAAGAAAGUAA